CCGAGACCUGGGACGCGCUCCCAUGGCCACCGCCACAACCACACCGCCGCCGUCACUGGAUGGAUGGCUGGGGUCGCGGGACCCGAGGUCGUACAGACGCAUCUUUGUCUACUACGUAUUGAACUGGGUCUUCGCCGUGAGUUUAUGGGUCGGUUUCGUCGUCUGUCUCGUGCUAGGCGUGGUCACGUGUGGAUUGCUUUUCCACUUCCGCGGCAGGCUACGACGGCGCCGCGUCGUGUAUAAGCUCGUGGCGUGGAUGUGGACGCAAGAGAUCUCGCUCAUGAACCUCGUGUCUCCAACGUCGCUGUACCACGUCUCCCAUUGGGACUUGUGUCGCGCGACAGUAGGUCUGUCGCUCGCAUACUUCGUCGUGUGGAAGGCCUGCGUGGGGUGGCUGCUCACGAGCCUGCCCCUCUUCCUCUUCGUCUUGGAUUCCACAUACCUUAGCGCGUUGAACAUCAACAUGGACGUGUUUUCCACCCGCCUCGACGCCUUCCACCCGCUCGUCGCUCGCCUCGGCAUCCUCGCGUACUUUGUGCUGUGUCUCUGGGCGUGCGACCUCGCCCUCACAGUGCUCGCUCAAAUGUCUUCGACGGCAUAUGCCAAGAUAUUCGAAGCGCCCGAGCUCUUCCGUCGCGAUCUCCAGGCCACAUUUCCCCACUCGCCACUUUCGUUUCCGUUGCCUCCAUCGUUGCACCAUCAUCAUCAUCAACCUGCGCGACCAGACGUCGACGGCCGCCGCCAACUCGUUCAUCGCUCUCUCACGACAUAUUCCCGCGUGUCUUCCGGUCGAACAUGCAUGGCCGAUACGUUGUCCCCAGUGGCCAUGGUCGACGUGACCUCUAAAGCCACGGGUACCUCGACUGGCUACGUCGCCAAGAAGUCAUCUCCCAACGCACCUCUGGCACUAUCACUACAUGAAUCUGAGCAAGUCCAAGACAGGACACUCCUUUGCGUGCCUGAAAAGGUCCGUGUGCCACAGCUUCGGGUGGCGACCGCAGCGCCCGCGUACGACUGUUUGAGCCCCACGCAGCCCCCAUCGUCGUACGAAACGAUGUCGCCGGCGUCCUCGCCUGCUGUCUUGGACCCCAUGACCCGACCCCGAGUCAGCCGAGCGUUGCCCCAUCCUCCCUAUCCUUCCAAUCCUUCGUCCAAUGUUGAAGAUGCCCACUUUGCCAUGUACGGUCCUCGUACAAUUCGACCAAGUCAUUCGUUUUCGUUGCAUGUGUGGGUGUUUGCCGACACCCAGCGAGCCGACAUGCACGAACUGGCGGUGGACACGAUGGGCCAUCGGUCGCUGUCCCGCGAAACGUUGCUCCAGAACGUCAGUCACGGCACGCUGAUUCAAGCCACGCUGGAUGUGCCACGUGGAUUCAAUCUGCUCCACCCACUUUCCGCCUCCCAAUCCAUGGUAUGGACUGGGGACUUGCAUCGACUGGCUUUUCGCCUGCAAAGUCAAGGGCACCGCCAGAGUGACGCUGGCCACGUGUUGUUCAAAGUGACGUUGGUCGUGGGUUCGGUCGUGUGUUCGUUGCGGUCGUAUAUUCUUGUGCACACAAUGGAUGAUUCAUGCCGGCGUCCCGUCUCGACCAAUCAAACCGACGACGACGACGACGACGAUGUGGAUGAUGACAUGGUGCAGUGCCUUGAAAGCGUAUUGGAAGUGUUAGACGACACAUAUCAAGAAAUCCCGUACGUCGACUUGGACAUGCACGAGUGGAUUGGGUCGGGGGCGGGCGGCGAUGCGUACCGCGCGCGAUUCCGCGGCCAGGAGGUAGUCGUCAAGACCAUUCGCGCGAGUGAGUACGGGUCGUCUGGCGAUGCCAUUCAAGCCGCCUUCCAGCACGAAGCGGCGAUUCUGAAUCGGUUUGGCCAUCAUCCGCACAUGGUUCCUUUUGUGGGUGCAUGCAGCGACCUGUCGACGCCGUUGAGUGUGGUGACAUCCUUCAUGCCCCUCGGAUCGCUCGAAUCGCAGUUUGCUUCUUCGACGCUGGAUAAGGAUUUGUUGUUGGCCGACGUAGCGGCUGCCACGUAUACUAUUCACGCCACUGGGUUUGUCCAUCGCGAUCUCGCGGCAAGGAAUGUCCUGGUGGACGACAAUGGUCGCGGUAUCUUGAGCGACUUUGGCAUGUGUCGCCGCGUGGGGCACGCCGGCGGCGCGUUCGUACAACAUGGGAGUGGGCCGUUGAAGUACAUGGCGCCCGAGACGUUGCAGCCGCCGUAUGGGUUUACGGCCAAGGCGGAUGUGUACGCGUUUGGGUACGUGGCUGAAGGCAGCUACUGUUUAUGAUGAUGUUGAUAUAUUGGUUGGUGCACAGAGUGCUGGCGUGGGAAACGCUGUUCGAGUCCAAGCCAUUUGCCAACUUGACACCGCUGCAAGCUGCCGUGCGGGUAUUGGAAGGCCAGCGGUUGCCGAUGGGGGAAGAGCUCAGCGACACGCACAGAGAAUUGCUCACGGCGUGCUUUCAAGACAAUCCGACUGAUCGGCCGACCAUGCAGUGGAUCUACGGCACGCUCCGGAAAGCCCAGCAGUCGACGUGGCUGCACAAUGAUGGAGACGACGACAGUGGGAACAAACGUCCGCCGUCGGCAAUCACCAGACGACCCAAGCGUGAAGUGUCGUCGUAACUUAACGUUGAAUGUUAUGUGUGUGCGUA